CAACCAAGUACGGCAAACUAUUCCUUCACGUUUAGUCUGAUUGUCGAGGACCGAUCGAAUAUGGAAAUCGCAGCCUCUGCAAUGUUGGAUGGCCUGAAAAAUAAUCGAAUCAGCAAGUUGGCACUGUCGCGGUUCUUGUCGCAGAGUCUAACAACCGGUAGCCCGGCAAACAGACCAGCCGCGUCAACGGGUGGAACUGGUCUCGGAGGUGUCGCGGGCGGAAGCGGCGCGAUUGGAACGAGCUCAAUCGGAGGUGCAACGGCCCUCGCCGCUUCCGGUUCCACAUCGAGCGCGGGUCUCGGUGGUAGCGGCAGUGGUUCCGCCUCUGCCUCUGGCUCUGGAUUGGGCUCUGGAUCUGGAUGUGGAUCCAGCGUCGGCAACACGAAUGCGGGCACCAGCGGUUUAACAGCCAGUGGAAACACUGUGUCUGGCAGCGGUGCCAGCAGCUUGGCUAGUGGAACUGCCGAACCGCGUACACCAACUGCAGGAGCGCAGAAUAAGCAGUUACAAAAUGUCAAAGGAGAUCAUCCGUCGAAAGCCUUCCUGCAAAGCAGAUCCAUGUCGUUGGUCGACAUGUACAUCGACAAUUCGGAACCAAGUGAAAACGUCGGUCAAAUUCAUUUCAGCUUGGAAUAUGACUUUCAGAAUACCACGUUAAUUCUGCGUAUAAUACAAGGGAAAGAUUUACCGGCGAAGGAUUUGUCUGGAACGUCCGAUCCUUAUGUUCGCGUCACCCUUUUGCCGGAUAAGAAGCACCGACUCGAGACGAAAAUAAAGAGGCGUACGCUCAAUCCGCGAUGGAACGAAACCUUUUAUUUCGAGGGUUUUCCGAUUCAAAAGUUGCAAAGCAGAGUGUUGCACCUACACGUGUUCGACUACGAUCGAUUCUCACGAGACGAUUCCAUCGGCGAGAUGUUUUUGCCACUUUGUCAGGUGGAUUUCUCGGAAAAACCAUCGUUUUGGAAGGCUUUAAAGCCACCGGCAAAGGAUAAAUGUGGAGAACUGUUGUGCUCGUUGUGUUACCACCCGAGCAAUUCCGUACUAACUUUGACCCUACUAAAAGCAAGGAAUCUCAAGGCGAAAGACAUAAACGGAAAGUCAGAUCCAUACGUAAAAGUGUGGUUACAAUUCGGCGAUAAGAGAAUCGAGAAACGAAAGACCCCUAUAUUUAAGUGUACUUUGAAUCCGGUGUUCAACGAAGCAUUUUCUUUCAACGUACCGUGGGAAAAGAUUCGAGAGUGUUCAUUGGACGUGAUGGUAAUGGACUUUGAUAAUAUUGGUAGAAACGAGCUGAUUGGGCGAAUUCAAUUGGCAGGUAAAAACGGUAGUGGUGCCAGCGAAACGAAACACUGGCAGGACAUGAUCACUAAGCCACGUCAAACGAUCGUUCAAUGGCACCGAUUGAAGCCGGAGUAAAGAUACACGCGCACACAAUACUUGGAUCUCGCCUAAGCGAAUUUAUCGAUACACCUUUAACCAAGUACCUCCGGGUCUCUCGAACCUUGCUAAACUCUGAUAUUCCUUGUCUUCCGACGAUACGAUACCGACCGAAAUCAUUCGACUUCAGCGCUGCGAGUU